CGGUGGAAACAAGAUGGCGGCUCUGGCGAGAGCGCCAACAUAUUUACACGAAUAGAUGUCAAAAUUAACCCUCAUCGAGCGUUUUGUUCGCGACCUGCAUGUAUUUCAUGCAUCAUGAAGAACAGGAUGAUGUUUUAUAGUAGGGAUUGACGAAGCAAGGACCGUUACUAAAGUCAGUGAGAUGUGUGAGAGCUAUGCCCGCUCGCUGCUGCGUGUGUCGGUGGCGCAGAUCUGCCAAGCGUUGGGCUGGGAUGCGGUGCAGCUCACCGCCUGCGACCUGCUUUCCGAUGUUCUGCACAGAUAUAUCCAGCAGUUGGCCAGGGGUUGUCAUCGAUAUUCGGAGCUCUAUGGGCGAACAGACCCAGUGCUGGACGACGUAGGCCAGGCAUUCAGGCUGCUGGGGGUGAGUCUGUCUGAGCUGGAGGACUAUGUCCACAACCUGGAGCCUGUAGGCUUCGCCCAGCAGACGCCCCUAUUCCCCCUAAGCAAGAACAACGUGCUGCAGUUCCCUCAGCCUGGAGUGGGGCUCCGGGGGGACGCAGAGGAGAGGAAGGACUACGUUCCAGAUUAUAUGCCACCCUUGGUCUCACUACAGGAAGAAGAGGAGGAGGAGGAAGCCCUGGCUGACAUGGGCACCUCUGCCGAGGCCAUGCAGGUCCCGCUGGACGAUACCGAUGAGGAUAUGGAUGAUGACGAGGCAGUGAAUGAUGAGAACCACCCUGUGAAGAGACACCUGGACAGCCCCGACGCUGCCAUGGGUAUGAUGCCCACCUCCAAGAGGCCUCGCAUGCACCCUGGCUUCAGCCCCGACUGGAGCAUGGAGCCCAGGGAGCCCCUCACCUCCCUCAACCCCCAACGUGUUCCUCCAGGCAUGAUGGCCUCUCACUCUCAUGACAGCCUGGGUUCAAUGUCUCUGUCCCCUGAGACACCUGGGCCUCCAACGUCAUUCAGACCCCAGCCGGUGACCCCCGGGAGACACUCGGAUCAUAAGUCUCAUGGCGGUCAAGGCCGCAAAGGGCCAAAAGGCUCAUCCCCUGGCAGGCCACGGACUAAGUCCCCCAAGGGGGUCAAUGCUGGUGGGGCUAUGUCAGGCAGCCCCAUCUGCUCGCCUAAAUCUUCCAAGGAAAGGAAAAAGUCCCCUGGCCAGACCAAGAGCCCUAAAAGUCCCAAGAGCCCCAAGAUGGGCUCUGGAGCCAAGUCUGGGUCUCACCCCCAGGGCAAGUCGGAGGCUCAGGCCCUUGGCCUACAGAGGCUGCCACUGUCAGCCCUCAGCGAGAGGAUGGGGAAAGAGAACAUCCACGUCCAAAGCCUGGAGGACCACGAGCUGGCGGGUUUCAUCUCAGGUAAACUCGUCGAACCUGGCACCGACAACGCCGAUAUCAACGACUCCAUCGACGCUGUGAUCGCCAGGGCGUGCGCCGAGCGGGAGCCCGACCCCUUCGCCUUCUCGUCGGGCUGCGAGUCGGAGAGCGAUGGCUUCUCCUCUCCCCGGAGGCUCACUAUCAUGGAGCCAGGAGGAACGCCUAAGCUCUCACUGGAUGCCAACAGCCUUGGUAAAGACACGUCCACGCCACUACAACUCAGCACAGGUGGCGGCCCCGGGAACUGGACCAUGGACGACUCCAUCAACGAGGUCAUACGCAAGGUGAACCAGGGGGGUCCCUCGGCAGGACAACCCCAGGACGAAUCGUACCUCACCUCAGCGUCCGCCUCGCCCCCGACCCCGGAACCCCUCCUCAAGAUGUACCAGGAGAAGAACAAGCUCGUCUCCUCGGCUGACAUCAAGAAGAAACUGAAGAAGGAGCUCAAGACAAAGAUGAAGGAUAAAGGAGAGAAACCAAAAGAUAAAGAGAGGGAUAAGAACAGGGGGAAGAUGAAAGAGAAGAACAAGGAUAAGAACAGGGGGAAGAGCAAAGAUUCUUUCUCCAAAGAGGCCAAGAUGCCAUGGAAGGACAUUGGAAACAAGGACGACCUCGGGGAACACUUCCAGGGUCAGAGGUCAGGGUUCGGCAGUCCGGAAGGAUCCAUGAUCAAGAUCAAGUCCCGAGAUGGAGGGGAUGGCAGCGGCAAGAAGGAGAAGGACAAACAGAAAGACAAGAAGAAGGAGAAGAGCAAGAAGGACAAAGACAAGCGGGACAAAGGUAAGGACAGGCAGAAGAUAUCCUCCCUCACCCCAUUCAGUUUGGGUGACAUGCCUGUCCGGUUCAGCCCGUCCACGUGUCUCCGCAUCCCCUCCAUGUUGCCCCCUCUUCCCCCCAUCCUCCAGGACAAGGAUGUGAAGAGCAAGGAGAAGGACAAGAAGAAAGACAAGAAGAAGAAGAAGAAGAAAGAUAAAGACAAGGAGAGGGAGAAGGAGAGAGAUAAGGAAGAGAAGAAGCGAGAGAAGGAAAAAGAGAGGAUCAGGCUAGAAAAGGUGAGGGUGGAGACUCCAGUGACUGUCCCGUCUCCUGUCAUCCCCAGGCUGACCCUGAGGGUGGGGGCUGGACAGGACAAAAUAGUUAUCAGCAAGGUGGUUCCGAAUUCCGAGCCACCGCCCAAGAUUCCAGCACCCAAGACCCCCACCACCAAAUCUGGUCCCGGCAGUCGCCUUCAGCUGCCGCCACCUCCUCCAAUCCUCCCCCCGAUACCCUCGUUGGCUCCUCCUGCAUCCCAUCUUCCCCCUGACAACCCUCCCCCUGCCAUGCUGUCACCUGCAUCAAUGCUGUCCUCCGGCAAAACAUUUGUACGCAGCGUGGUCACUGAAACUGUCAGUACAUACGUGAUCCGUGAUGAGUGGGGAAACCAGAUCUGGAUCUGUCCUGGCUGUAACAAACGUGACGACGGUAGUCCCAUGAUCGGCUGUGAUGACUGCGAUGACUGGUACCACUGGCCUUGUGUCGGGAUGGUCUCAGCCCCUCCCGAGGACCAGCAGUGGUUCUGUGUGAAGUGUGCCGGCAAGAAGAAGGACAAAAAACACAAGAAGAGGAAACACAAAGUGCAUUGAGAGAGACUUUGCAAAACAAAGCUCACUUUGGACUUGGUACUUUUCAUUCACUGGACUGUCUGCUUCUUCAAACCAUCCUUUUGGAACACUCCUGGCACUGCUGUAAACAAACAAAGAAAGAAGUAAAUCAACAUGACAGAUGGGACAUUCACACCUCCUGAUGAUUUUAGUGACUGACAUGAUCAGCCAAUGAUAUGAUAGCGCCGUGUGUGACUCUGUAGAAGAAAAAAGAAAAGAAAAGAAAAACAGACUCUUUAACCAGCACAUAUCCAACCUCCGUUCUCCUGUGGGCUCCAUGGUUACUAUGCUUCCUUCCCCUCCCUUCUGUAAAGUGUUUCGGAGGCUUUAAGGCUGCGUCCUGGUUCUCUACCCUUCUGCCGGUGUGCACUAGCACCCUCCACGUCAUGGAUUUAAAAUGCUUGGAUUGGUGUAAGCAAUGGCUGAAAGGAGUUUCAACCAUUUGUUAAAUCCAUGAUGGGGAAAGGUGCUCCAGGAGAUUGUUCAAUCCACGAAAGGGACUGUGCAAGUGCCCACUUCGGGAGAAGGGUAGAUAAUUGGGACGCAGCCUCUGUUGAUGUGGGAGCCCAGCGUUCAGGAAGGAAUGUUCAGGUGCUCUGAUGUCAUCACGGAGAUCAUGCUUUUCAAUCAUCAUGGCUACAAAUGGAUAACUGUUGAGUUCAAUGUUGUCAAAGAGAGGGUAUAGAGAAAAGUCUACAUUCAUCCAUUGCCACAUUAUUCUUGUUGUUUCAUUAGUAUUGUCAUAGCCUGGUCCCAGAUAUGUGUGUGCUGUCUUGCCAAUUCCUAUGGCUAUUGGCUUGAGUUGGAGACAGCACAAACAGAUCUGGGAACCAGGCUAGUAUUGUCACAUAGGUCAAUAAUAUCAAACUGAAUGACCGAUUCAGAUUCUGCCUGUUUAAAAUCCCCCCUCCCGGUUUUCUGCUGCAGUAUCAUUAAAUAUGUAAUGUACACUCCCCUACAUAUUUAUUUGGAAAGUGAAGCUAAAAUGUGUAAUUUGGCUUUAUACUAUAUUUUGGAUUUGAGAUCAAAUGUUUUACGCUACCGUUCAAAAGUUUGGGGUCACAUAGAAAUGUCCCUGUUU